AUGUCACGGGCUGAUGCUGGGCGUCUCAUUCACCUAUCAAAGAAGCGCGAACGCGCGAAAGAGGAUAUGGAGCAACAGUUGAAAAAAAUGGAAGAAGAGUCUAGUAAAAGAUCUGCUGGGAUUUCUUCGAAAUUCACUGCAAAUUAUGACGCUAUUGAGGAGAAUCUUAAGUCAAAAACCGUCGGACUUGUAACAUUGGAUGAAAUGCGUGAGAAACAGAAGGAUGUCGUCAACGACAGAGAGGUCACUGUUGCUCGUGGAGAAGACUCGAAGUUGCAGAAAUCUGAUGCGAAACGACUAGGCUCCAGCGCACAAGAAAAAGUUGCGCAGAAGCGUGUGCUUUCCUUCGCAUUUGAAGAUGAAGAAGAAGAAGAGGAGGCUCCAGUUGUUACCAAAAAGAGAGUUGGUAUGGACCCAACGAUCGACACAAGCUUCCUUCCUGACAAAGAACGUGAGGCUGAAAUCGCUAAGAGAAAAGAAGAGCUAGCUGCUGAGUGGAGGGCGCAACAGGAACGUGAGAAAAAUGAAGAGAUCACUGUGGCUUUUGCUUACUGGGAUGGUUCCAGUCAUCGGAAAAAUCUCAAAGUUAAGAAAGGAAACACCAUUUCCCAGUUUCUGGGUUGGGCGAUAGAAGUGCUGAAAAAGGAGUUUACUGAACUCAAGACAUGCGUUCCUGAGAGUUUGAUGUUUGUUAAAGAAGACCUUAUCAUUCCUCAUUUCUACACGUUUCAGGACUUCAUUGUGACGAAGGCGAUGGGUAAAACGGGCCCUUUGUAUGAGUUUGAUGCUGCUGGUGACGUGCGAAUACGACAGGACGCAGCUCUUGAUUGCGGAGAAGCACAUCCUGCAAAGGUGGUUCUUCGAAACUGGUAUGAGAAGAACAAGCACAUAUAUCCGGCUUCACGGUGGGAGCCAUUUGUACCUAACAAGAAGUAUGGCCGCACCAUUGAUGAUUUAUCAACCAUUUAA